GUAAAAUUUGAUAUUAACUUAAAAUGGGAUGCGCCUGUGGAACCAGCAAGUCAAAGAAAAAGAUCAAGAAAAAGGGUAGACUUGCUCUAGCACGGCCCAAAUUUUAUAACAUCCUACUUGCAAAUGGAGGUAGACUUAGGUACAGAAGGACAAUCAUACAAGUUUUGUUUUCCUACCUCUCAUUCAAAGAUAUUUCCACCAUCAGCCGAGUUUCAAGGAGAUUGUAUUACAUUACAGGGCUUAAAGAGGUUCUCAUACAUUUUACGCAUGUGGAAAACCCUGAAGGAAAUAUUAUGAUCUCUGCGGACCACACAGACAUCAACAAUACAGUUGUGAUCGAAAGGACUACGAAUGAAAAUGAUCCAAAUGGAAGUUUCGAUAUUAUUGUUGACCAAUACGCUAGACCUAUACUGUCAUGUGGAUCUAAUAUAUUCCCUAAACAAGAGGAAAAGCUCAAGGCAAUUCAAGAACUAACUCCAAGCUCCAGUAGAGAACAUUCUGUACGAAGACAGUCAUUUGGUAGCAAUUCAAAAUCAGAUUUAAUGCAAAAAUAUAUAAAAGAAGGGUGUAAUAUUAUGACUCCUUAUUGGAGCGUGAAGAGUAGCUCCAACAAGGACCUCUCCAUCGACCAAAUACUUCUAGGUGAUACUGGAGGUCCAGAAAAUGUUCCGAAUUCAAAAUUUUUGGUAAAAAAUAUGGAAAACCUCAAUCAGGGCUCAUCUAAACUCCAUAAAAGUUCAAGUUUAAAAUCUGUCCGCAAAAGACUUAAUUUUAAAAGUCGUGAUUUUGAUAUUGAUUUUUGAGAAUCUAUCAAGGAAGAAGCCAAAGAGGACACAAGCAUUUGUAGUCCCAAGAGGUCAUACAAAGAAAUCAACUUUGAAUCAAAUGAUUCCUCCGACCAAGAAAUGUCAACUUUUCUUGCAGAAAAGAAGAAUUGGGAUAGAGUCAUAAGGUUUGAUGAUUUUGAUAGCUUAGAACUGGAUAGUAUCAGAAAUCCUCAAAAAAUUGAUAAAAUAGGUCCAAUUAUCGACACCUCUAAAAUCAAGCAAAUUUCUAGAAUCGACACUAUAUCAGGAGAAAAGCUACCUUUCUCCUCUACAAGCAAGAGGUCGGACUUUCUCAACACAUUUGGAGGUUCUCAAGAGUAUCAAAAUCCAUUUCACUGAAAUACUCUUAAUAACUAA